AGGUGGCUUUCAGGAGACUUGCAACUGUGCUCAUUUUUAUAUAUAUAUAUAUAUAAUUAUAUAUGUGUGUGUGUGGUGUUAACUUUGAAUGUGGAGAGAGGAUGUGGAAAUGGGCGGACAGACGUGUUGACCUUUCCUCCAGGCGGAGGAAAUGAGAUCCGGGCAAGGUUCUGUAUUCCACAUUCCACAUUCCAACCAGGGCUUCAUUCAUUUCUUUGACAGGUUCCAAUAUUACCUUGGAUUUAUUCAAACAUUGUUAGAGAUUAUUUGGAUUUCUGCAAUUUUUAAUUGGAGUAUAAUAUGUGGUUCCGGAUUACCCAUCUUUUACAAAGUUUUGGUUGGCAUUACACACGACAAUUAAAGACUCAAGUAAAGAAUAAAGUGCCUUUGGCCAGAUGCCAAUUUAUGCCACAGCACAGGACACUAGUUUUGACACCAUGUGUAAAGAAUGAAGAAGAAAAAGUCAGCCAUGAUAAACUGGAUUUGGAUAUUUGGAAGACAAUCAUGAGAGAGAACACAACUGAAGCUCCCAAACCACUCCCCUCUGAAGAUCUUGGGGACUCAUUCCUUCCUGCUACAAGGGAACUUGUUCAAAUGUGGCGAUUAGCUGGGAAAGCUGUACCAGAAGACAUAACUGAGGAACAGUUGAGCAUAGUUAAUGAACUACUUUCGAAAUCAGCAAAGAAAAAAUAUCUCAAGUACUUAGCAAUCAAAGAAGACAAAAAGAAAGCUACAAAGGAAAAACGAAAAUUAAAACAAGAAGGAGCAAAGCAUCUUCAAAAGGAAAAAGGAAAUGAGGAAGGAAUUACAUUAAGGAACACUUUUCUUUUACAAUUCUGGCAACGGUCUUUCGACAUAAUGUACAAUUGGAGGGCUGCUCAGUCUAUGAUAUUUGGUCAGCCACUGGUAUUUGAUAUGAGCUAUGAAAGCUAUAUGGCCCGUCGAGAAAUGGAGAACACUGUCUCUCAGCUACUGGAGUGUGAGGGGUACAACAGAAAAUCUUUGGACCCAUUCCACUUACAUUUCUGUAACCUCAGCCCAGAUGGAUCAUAUCAUAAGGAGCUUUUGAAACGUUAUGGGGACGCCUGGGAUAGACUCUUGAUAACAGUAACAGAAAAGUCAUAUGUUGACAUUUUUCCCAAAGACAAGCUUGUGUAUUUAACUGCUGAUUCACCUUACAUAUUGAAGACUUUUCAGCAUGAUAAAAUCUACAUCAUUGGAUCGAUUGUCGAUAAGUCAAUUCAGACAGGAUUGUCCCAUGCAAAUGCAAAGCGUUUAAAGUUGGCAACUGCACGCCUUCCCUUGGAUGAGUAUUUGAGGUGGGAUAGUGGUGCAAAAAACCUUACAUUGAACCAAAUGAUCAGCAUUUUGUUGACUAUAAAAGAAACCAGUAGCUGGCAAGAAGCUCUCAAGUUUGUUCCAACAAGGAAACAUGAAGGAUUUUUACCACUUCCAAUGGAACAGAGAUACCGCAGUCAAACCAAAAAUCACCAGAACAGGAAGACAAUUGACAGUGAACCAGAAAAGAAAGCCGGGUGGCAAAAGUCAACUUUAAGUUUAAAUCAAGCUGUAAAAAGAUCUUCAGAUAGCCGUAAAAAACGAUGGUGGGAGGAGGAAGAUUGAAGAUCCUUAAAAUAUUUUAAGUACUGAUUUGGCUAGAAGAAAUGUCUUUUAUUUGUACACUGAUUUUCAUGUUGCAUUGUUAUAUCAAAAGAUGUAUGCCUGAUUAUUCUGCACACCUCCCCACCUCAGUGCACUGAUUAUAGACGAUAAAUGUGAGAAAACUAUUACAAAGUAAUAAAAGUUGCAUGUUUAACUCC